CUGUAGGCUGCCCUGGUGCCGAUGAGCACUGUUUGCGAAUGCGCCUGUGAAUGUGUUGGUGUACGAGUGUCUGUGUGUGUUACAGUGUGAGCACGAAUUUGUCACAUUACACACCAAGUAACAAUCACACACUAAACAACAUAUCACACACUUAGUAAUAAUCGUAGAUUAUGGAAUAAACGACUGAUGGAACUAGCAACGUAUUUGUUUUACAAUAUACCUCAAUGUAUAUUGAUAGAAUAGGCAUCUAGCCUAACGUGCUUUGUUAAAAGUAUCUGUAUGUGUGAAUUAUAUGUGCAAAAUAUUUGAAGUUACAGUGAGGAAGAGUGGUCCUGAAGAAGAUCGAGUAGUGCUAUUAUCAGGGAAGUCUGUGAUUUCGAACAUGAGCUCGUGUCCCACAGAACACCCCGUAGAGGCCAAACCACUACAGCAUGACGAUAACGACCGCCAUGAAGACAGCAGCGACACACGGGAAGUAUGGGCGAGGAAAACCGAAUAUAUGUUAUCUCUGAUUGGCUACUCUGUGGGACUCGGAGUUCUAUGGAGAUUUCCUUACUUAUGUAUGAGGAACGGAGGGGGUGCGUUUUUGAUACCAUUCUUCUUCUUUGUGGCUGUGUGUGGAUUUCCUCUGUACUUUAUGGAGCUAUGUCUCGGGCAGUUCUCGGGGAAAAGUCCCCUCGUGGUUUGGUGCAUAUGCCCCCUGUUUAAAGGUUUAGGUGUUUGUAUGGUGAUUCUGUCAUUCAUAGUCACGUGGUACUAUAAUCUGGUAGUAGCAUGGGUCUUGUGUUACCUGUUCUACUCGUUCUACCCGACCCAGCCAUGGGCGUCCUGUGACAAUGACUGGAACUCCCCUGACUGUGUGGUUCUACGAUCUAAUUCCCCCAUCAUACACAACAUGUCACUGACCAAUCAGAGCAUAUCUAAUAUGUCACUGACCAAUCAGAGCAUAUAUAACAUCUCAUUGACCAAUAAAACGGUGAUCCUCAAUACUACUGGCAUUAACACGAUGUUAAAUGAGACUCGCGUCCUAACGACGGCCGCUUCAGAGUUCUGGAGGUACUGUAUCCUGGGUAUGUCUCCUGGAAUAGACCAGGUCGGGGGUCCACAGUGGCAUCUGGUACUGACCAUCUUCCUGGCCGCCGCCAUUUCGUUCCUGUGUGUUGUGAGAGGGGUACGCUCUGCCGGUAAGGUGGCGUACGUGACUGCCAUUCUGCCUUAUCUCCUCCUGCUGGUAUUACUGGUCCGCAGUCUGACACUAGAGGGAUCCCUCGCAGGUGUACUCUAUUUUAUAAAACCAGAUUUCUCCAAGCUACUGAAUUUCCAGGUGUGGUUCGAGGCUGCGCUGCAGGUAUUUUUCUCGCUGGGUCCCGCCUGGGGAGGUGUCAUCACAAUGGCUAGCUACAACAAGUUCACCAACAACUGCCUCAACGACGCAGUACUGGUCUCCAUCAUGGACACAUUCAGCAAUUUCUUUUGUGGGUUCGUCGUGUUCAGUAUCCUUGGAUUUCUGGCUCAUGAGUCUGGACUCACCAUAGAACAGGUUGCAGAAUCAGGACCGGGCCUUGUAUUCCAAGUAUACCCCGAGGCCAUAUCGCGUCUGCCCCUUCCGAACCUGUGGGCAGUGCUCUUCUUUGUCAUGCUUAUCGCUGUGGGUCUCGACAGUCAGUUCGCUCAGCUGGAGACGGUGUUGGGAGGAUUAAGAGAUAUUUAUCCCGAUACCCUGGGGAAGAGGAGAAACCUACUCCUGGUUGCUGUAUUCUGCAUCUUUUCCAUACUUAGUCUUGUAUUUGCUACACCUGCGGGGAUGUAUAUAUUCGUGUUAGUAGACUGGUACGCCACAGCUUACUGCUUCUUUCUUAUCGCCGUCUGUGAGUGCCUCGUGGUCGGCUGGUUCUACGGUGCCGAGCGGUUUAGUCGUGACGUCGAGAUGAUGACGGGUAGGACUGUACAUCCCAUCAUCCGGGUAUCCUGGUGUAUUAUCUCCCCUAUAGCCCUGUUUAUUUCACUGUUGGGAACCAUUCUCGCCUUCAAACCACCAGUACAUAAUGGGUACGAGUUUCCCCAAUACGCCAAAGUUCUCGGAGUGGUGAUAGGAUUGGUGUCAGUGGUUCCUCUCCCGAUAAUGGCUCUCCAUGGUCUGUAUAGAACAUCAGGAUCACCAACCAAGAGACUUAAAGUGCUGUUGAAUCCGAACCAUGAAUGGAGACCAAACAAAAGGAGCUUCAUUUACGAGUCGUAUCGUAUCAAAGGCAGUGUACAUACCCGUGUGAGGACAAACAUUCUCGGGGAGAGACACUGAUAUACUUUUACACUGCAGAGGUUAAAUCAUACAGUGACGAGUGUACGACACAUACACAGUGACGAGUAUACGACACACACAGUGACGAGUGUACGACACAUAUAUACAGUGACGAGUGUACGACACAUAUACACAGUGACGAGUGUACGACACAUACACAGUGACGAGUGUACGACACACACACAGUGACGAGUGUACGACACACACACAGUGACGAGUGUACGACACAUAUAUACAGUGACGAGUGUACGACACAUAUAUACAGUGACGAGUGUACGACACAUACAUACAGUUACGAGUAUACGACACACACACGCAG